CAAUCAACAACACCACUACGUGCACAAACUACAUAUAUAGCAAGAGACACCAAGACAAUGCCUACCCGCAAAGCCAGCCAUGCCGGCUCGUGGUAUUCGUCCCACAAACCCGAACUCUCCGCUGAGCUGGACGGAUGGCUCGACGCCGUUCCCUCGUCUGCCACAGGCAUCGGCACUGAGUCCUCCAAGCAGGGCGCCGCUCCGCUGCCGUCAGAGGGAGCAAGAGCCAUCAUUGCACCGCACGCCGGAUACUCGUACUCUGGGCCUGCCGCGGCAUGGGCAUACAAGGCGCUGGAUCUGUCUAGGACCAAACGCAUCUUCCUCCUAGGCCCAUCCCAUCACCACUACCUAUCCGGCUGCGCCCUCUCCCAAUGCGACACCCUCUCGACCCCCCUCGGCAACCUCCAAGUCGACAAAGCCACAGUCGCCGAGCUGCACCAAAAAGGCUCCUUCGACAAGAUGUCCCUCUCCGUCGACGAAGCCGAGCACAGCCUCGAAAUGCACCUGCCCUACAUCUACAAAGUGCUCUCCAGGACCUUCCCCACCCCCUCCUCCUUCCCGCCCAUCAUCCCCAUCCUCGUCGGCGCCACCACCGCCGCCGCCGAAGCCCACUACGGCGCCCUGCUGGCGCCCUACCUCGCCGACCCCACCGCCACCUUCAUCAUCUCGUCCGACUUCUGCCACUGGGGCACGCGCUUCCACUACACGUACUACGCGCCGCGCGCCGGCGCGCCCUACAGCCUGCGCAGCAGCGACCGCGCGCCCGCGGACCCGCCGCUGGCCGCCAGCAUCGCCGCCGUGGACCGGCUGUGCAUGGACGCGGUGGAGACGGGGUCGCAUGCGCGGUUCCUGGACGUGCUGGGCGAGACGGAGAAUACGGUGUGCGGGCGGCAUCCGAUUGGGGUGGUGCUGGCGGCGGUGGAGGCGCUGGAGGAGGGGCAGCGGGGGGCCGGGAAGGGGCGGUUUCGGUUCGUGCGGUAUGAGCGGAGUAGUGAGUGUGGGGUUAGGGGGGUGGAUAUAAUGGAGGGGAUCGAGGGAGGGGGGUGA